UAUCUUAUUGCGUGUUACCUAAAUAAUUAAUGCAAUAUAGGGCAUCGAUUGUGAGGUGACGGGCGCCCGCGGGGCGGGUGCGGUGCGGCGGGGGUGCGCGCGGCGCACGCACGCGAUUGGCUGUCAAGCCUGCGUGAGUGCGUGCCCCUCCCCCGCGUGCGUAGCCCGCGCUCGCCUCCUGCAGUAGCCGUCGUACCGCCGCACGGAACAGACGUGUCACUGCCUCCGUAACCCGCCGUACCCGCGUCCGCUACCUCUCGUAGUUUACUCCAAAGUUUCACAUAAACUGGGACUUAAUUAUCUGUCCAUAUGGUUCAUCUCGUAGAUAUAUUUCGUUCAGCGAAAGUUGAAUACCCGCCGCCUGUUAUUAUGAACCGAGCAAUACAGGUGAAGCCGGCGGACAGCGAAAAUAGAGGAGAUCGAAAGCUGUUCGUGGGCAUGCUGAGCAAACAACAGACUGAGGAGGAUGUGCGGCAACUGUUCACGCCAUUCGGGACUAUAGAGGAGUGCUCCAUACUGCGCGGACCCGACGGCGCGAGUAAAGGCUGCGCGUUCGUAAAGUUCAGCUCACAUCAAGAGGCGCAAGCGGCCAUCACCAGUUUGCACGGAAGUCAAACUAUGCCGGGCGCGUCCUCGAGCCUGGUGGUGAAGUUCGCAGACACGGAGAAGGAACGGCAGCUGCGGCGCAUGCAGCAGAUGGCCGGUAACAUGAGCCUGCUCAACCCGUUCGUGUUCAACCAGUUCGGCGCCUACAGCACGUACGCGCAGGUCAUCACUGAGCAGCAACAAGCAGCUCUGAUGGUAGCAGCGACAGCUCAAGGCUACAUCAGCCCGAUGACGGCGCUCGCGUCGCACGCGCUCAACGGCAUGGCCAACUCCGUGGUACCGCCAUCUUCUGACAACUUCUCUGGCCUGGCGAUAGGCACGGGCGCGCAGCCGCUGAACGGUGCGCUGCCGUCGUUACCGUCGCCGACCAUGCCGGGGUUCAACAUGGCGGCGCAGACGGCCAACGGGCAGCCGCCGCCGCAGGACGCGGUUUACACUAACGGGAUACAUCAGACGUUCACUGGACCCUAUCUGAGCGUCCCACUGCUUGGCGAGGACCGAGGCGUGAUAUCGCCGAUGUGCGCUGAUCUGACGAAUGUUGCAGCGGUGCCCGUGACGGCGCAGGGCUUGCCCAACGGCGAGGCGGCGCUGCAGCACGCGGCCUAUCCCGGCAUGCAGCCGUUCCCGGGCGUCGCCUACCCGGCGGUUUACGGGCAGUUUCCGCAGCCGAUCCCGCCGCCGAUGUCCACCAUAGCGCCCGCGCAGAGGGAAGAUUUUCUUAUGUUCCCAGGGUGCUCGAUCUCCGGCCCUGAGGGGUGCAACCUUUUCAUCUACCACCUGCCCCAGGAGUUCGGGGACGCGGAGCUGAUGCAGAUGUUCCUGCCAUUCGGCAACGUCAUCAGCAGCAAAGUGUUUAUUGACCGCGCCACUAACCAGAGCAAAUGUUUCGGUUUCGUGUCGUUCGACAACCCCACAUCGGCGCAGGCCGCCAUCGCGGCGAUGAACGGCUUCCAGAUCGGCAUGAAGCGGCUGAAGGUCCAACUCAAGCGGCCCAAGGACGCCAACCGGCCUUACUAACCUUAGACGCCGUCCUUGCGCGCUCGCGUCAACACCGAGUCUGGCAGCGCGCGCCCCGCGCCCGCAGCGGGCAUCAUCAUGUAUUAUCAACAAUUCCAAGGAAUUUAUUAAUACAUCUUUAUUGUAUAGUAAAUAUCAUUACCUACAUACUUACCUAAAGAUUAUGCGAGCCCACUCGGCGAGUAUACUAAAUUAGUUAAAAGUAAUUUAUUAAAUCAGCGCGUAGGAAUGCUUCAUUCUUAUCAUUAUCGAUUAAUCAUUAAAUUACUCUAUUAUAUUAUUAUUAUAUAUACAAUUUAUUAACUUUGAUUAAAUUAUUAUUAUUAUAAAAUGACACGUUAUAAAAAUUUUGUCAUUCGUAAUCAUACUUCUACUUCUAAGUACUUAACGUUUAACUGAAACUUUUAACAUAAAUUUAUUAUACUAGUUAUUUGCUUGAACUAAGCCAAACUGAAUUUAUUAAGUAAGUUGAAAAUGUAAGAAAAAAGUGUAUUUUAAUUAUUGUAUAUUGCAACAAGACGUAGACCGGGACGCGCCCCGCGGCCUCGCGCGGCGGCCGGGCCCGGCCUCUGGCCUCGCCGUCCGGCCCCUCGGCCCCGCCCCGGCCUCGCCUAGCCCGCCCGGUCCCCGCAGCCCCGGCCGAGGCCGCAGCGCCCGUCCCGGACACAUCGCGGACACUGUUGUCUCCCUCCGCCGAACUGAUCGCAUUAAUGUAAGUGCUCGGUAUAGAUCACUAUUGGAGUAUAUAUGUCCUAUAUUUUGUUAAAUUUUAUUAUGUGUGUGUCUGAUAAGCUAAUACGCUGGGGUACCACACGGCAGUCCUCUUGUGUAACAUAACCAGUCCCACUCCAAUGAUCUGUACUUUCAUGAUGCAUCGCGCGGCGAGAGCGUCCCGUCCCGCAUCGGCCGAUAGCGCCCGACGCCCGGUACGCCACGGACAAUACGCGAUGACUCGUAUCGGUGCGACGCAACUCUGUCCAUGGUACGCCCAGCUCCUCACAAACUACUUGUUAGUGAACGUAAUCUAAUGGCGAUGUUGUUGACAAAAAUUAAAUGUUUGUAUUUAACGCUGUGUACAAAUCAAAGUGCACUUCAACAUAAGACCGAAUACUUAGGCCUUCGUUUCAAAAGAUCGUGUUAUUAUGUGUUGUAAAUUCCAAAUGGGCUGUGAUAUAAAAAGUAUAAUCAACAUAAUGGACUGUACUCACGCCGUUCGUGUCUGUAUGUGACGCGUCUCGCCGCCGCUCGCCGCUGGCCGUGUGGCCUCCGCCGCUACUGGCCGGCGCGAACGCGCGGCACGCACGCGAUGUCAAUUCUCAACGAGCGUGCUUCCCCGUCUUUAUUUCGUAUGUGUCUAUACAAAUAUAUACAUAAUACUAUUCGUGUUAAGGUGUUUAAUACAAUAAAUGUGAGGACUGCGUCCGGGAGCCAACAGUGGGAGGUGCGCGAGCUAACAGGUUACAAAACUAGUGUAAUUUCUACAGACAAAAAUAGAUUCAUAAUCAAAAAGGUACCAAUAUAAAUAUUAUAAUGAUACUGAGAUACCUUAGAUUAUAUUGUGUGCGCGCGGGCGGACUAAGUGCCGGUGUGGCGGCACAGCGCCGACGCGGCCUAGAGCCGAGGGCCGGACUCGGUCGGCUAGCGGCUCGGUGCGCUGCGCCCGGCCCGUCCUGCCCGUCCGGCCCGCCCGGCCCGGGAGCGCCCGCCGUCGUCUGCCGCGCUAUAGUCAAAUAUUACACUCACCACAAGACAUAGAAUUUUAUAUUUACACAAAUAAUUAUAUUAUAUUGAUAUAGUAUUGUAGUUUUAGGCGUUUAUGAUUUGUAAGUAAGCGGUGUGUAUAAAAACAACAUGAAUUUGUGUACCGACGUUUCGAGUGUAUCUAGUUAUUUUUCCUGAAACUUGAGUGCAAUAUGUUGUUGAGCUUUUUAAAUUGUUUUAUAGCGUUGUUUUCGUUCACGUCGCAUUUUUUUCUAAUUUGUAGUGUUUUCGUUGAAUUAUGUUGUUUAUCGACGUGGUCUAGUUUCGUGCCGACUUGUGAGUCGGCCUCUGGGCCUCCGGUCUGUUCGGGCCUCAGGGCCGGCCGUCGGCCGAGUGAGUGCGGCGCGACGAGCGACGGCCCUCGCGCUAUUAGGAUACCAGUAAUCGAUGCCAAACCGGAACACGUAUACUUAGUAUAUCGACUAUCGAUAAAUAUCACCUCGUGCGUAAUGUAGGAGUAAUGCCCCCGGGGCGGCCCGAGCCCCCCGGGCUAUUAAUAAUAUUGUACUUAUAUCUUUAUACUGAUUAAAAUUAAAUCCCUAAAGAUAUAUUGCGGUAACGCUAACGUUUGUAAUAGAUUAAUGAACCUCUCUGAAUGUAUAAAACGAUCGCCCAUAAAAGUGAUUCUAGGAUACAGGGUAUGCUUUGCAAUUAUUUAAAUGUAUCUAAAUGUUUUCAUGUAGGCAGGUUUUGCCGAACUCUGAACUAGACUGCGAUGCUUCGGCCAGCCCGCUCUCGGGUCCACUAGCCGCGACUUUUUAUAUUGUCAUCAACAUCAUAGUCACCGGAACCACCUCAUCUCAUCCCAUCGCGGCCGCGCCGGGAGGGUGCCGUAGUUGCGUGAAGGUUGGCGACGUCGGUCGGACGUUUUAUUAUAAGUCACCGACUGAACUUUUCUAUCACCGUGACUAUCCACAGGGGCUUGCUUUCCAUGCAGACUACUCUCAACUUCAUGGAAAGCUUGGUACUGUAGUCUGUACAGUCCUGUAGACAAUAUUCAAACGUUUUGUAAAACGUGCAGAGAGUACGAGGCGAGAAAAUAAACUGUUUAAUUUAUGAACUGACUAGAUAAAACAAAAAUCUUUAAAUAAAAUAAUUGAACGAGCGUAUCGCGUACCUAUAUUUAUUUUAAAUGCCUCCCGAUGUUUCAUUCACCCUCUUUGGCCACGAGCGAUGGCAAUAAAGAGCUGAAAACGAAACUCACAGGUAGCAUUUAUACGUCAUUAUGACGUCCGUUACGUCAUUAUGACGCAUAAAUGACGUCAUUUGUACGUCGCUGACGUCACUUUGCUACCUGGGAGCUUAAGAAAGUAUUAAAAGUCAAUAUAAGCUAUCCAUUUCAUUUUAAUUGUUGUUAACCCACAGACAAUAUUAGAUAAAACGUCAAUCAUUAGAUAUUAACUUCGUAGUUUGCACGGAAAGCCCCCUGUUCGAAGGUAUAGAUCGGACGUGAGCCCCUCUCGGGUGAUUCUUGCGCUUCGCCUUUUAUUUUACUAGUAACUGGCCGGACACUUCAUUCCAAAUAACCGCCUUGCGUUCUAACGUAUCCUCAUUCACUUGUCAUCUCAUACUUCUGAAGACGGUAAACCGCGAUACCAGAAAUCUGCAACAUCAAGCGCAUCGAACCGUCUUUCGGAAACCUAACGGCAACUUAGUAUUACAAAAUCGAAUUUCUUAACUAUUUAACUCCUAAAAUUUUUAUAGAAUAUUUAUAACGUUCGCAUGUUUAAAUUGGUCGUAGCGCUCGCGUAGUAUGGAACAUAAGAAGGCAGUACCGAAGAGGUACGUAGGGACGGUCGCCAGGCCGCUGGCCUGGCGACGCGCGAUAUCGCUGGUCCCUGUUCGACGCUAGUUAUUAAGAUGAAUGCCAAUAUUUUAAUCAGAAAAUUAAAAAAAAAAAACAAACGUUAGAAUUUGGAAUAAUUAAUCAUAUUAUUAUAUAUCUAUUUAUAUAAUAAAAUAUGGAGAGAGGCGCAUAGUGCUUUUAUGAAUUGUAGAUCCUAGAAAAAAAACAAUCUAGUCAUAUCUCUUUACUUUAUUUAUUUUUUCUAUCGCUUAGCAUAGUUUAGCUUCAAGCACUCUUUUUUGUUGAACUAUUUAUUUUAAUUUAUACUUAUUCUAGUGCUUUCUCUCGUGCCAUUUCGUUUUACUAUUAAUUAUCCUAGUUAAUUAAGCAUACUAUUUCCUACAGAUAAUGUCUACCCAAUUGUACCGAAACCGGCUAUGUUGUAACAAUAAUAAGUUUAUUGUAUUCAUGUUUUAAUAAGUUAUCCAGAAUACUGUUUUAUUAUAGAUCAUUUCAUCCAUAGUUUAGAUACGUUAAGAUUAAGGUGAAUUGAGAUUAUUUAUGGUAUUGUACGGUAAGGAGGAGUGGAAAUGGUGUAACCGUUUGGUUAAAUUAGAAGUUUAAAGUUACCUUAGCGAGUUAAAGACGAGUGAGUAUUUAGACGAAGUAACUUCUAUAUAGACGUUUUACUAUCGAAUGUAAGAGCAGAUCGGCAAACGCGACGCGGAGUACCAAGAAGAUAUAAAACCUAGGUAUGUACUUAAAAAAAGUAUUCCCGGUCUUUCCUGGGUGUCAAUCGUUGAUAGAAACCGCCAAUCGAAAGUGCAAUAAUGUAUGGAAAUGAUCACGUAACUCUUCGUUGGACCUGUCGUCCCGAUACAUUUUGCCUUUUCGGGCGUUUGUAAUCUUGGAUAGGCCCCCUGUAGUCCUUCAAAAGUGAACGGGAGGCAGCUAAUCAUGCCAGAAACAGAUCGUAAGACCACCCUAUUACAAUUUCUAUCUGGGCUGCUCUUUCAGAACUGAAAACAGGUCAUUUGUAAACCUUUAAAUAUUCGUCACCAACAAAGAAUACUAAUUAGCCAUCUUCAGCUAUCUAUUGCAUUGGCAGGUCUUCUACAAAUGGUCAGUAAAGUGUUACUCUUUGUACUCAAGAGACCCGCACCGCGACUGCCCCAAUAACAGACUAAAGAAAGCAGUAGAACAAAAUCGCGCCGUCCGUAAAAUAUUCCUUUCCUAGUCCAGAACGCUUGCAGCCGUGGAAAUUGACUACAUAGCCUUCGGUAUGCGUCAGCCUUCAAACUCGAUGUGUACAUAAUAAUGACGUCAUAUCUAAUUUAGGAGCUUACUAGCCUUUUGCCCCGGAAUCCCGGGCGGGUGACAGGGUGACGUUGUGUAAAUGCUAAGUCGAGAUCAUAAUCAUUAACCGUUUUAGAACGCGCGCAUUUUUACACGGGCGACAUCACACAUUUAGGUGUUUCGAUGUACAGAUUUUUGGAUGAGAAAUUGCUUUAGGAUUUUAAUUUCGGUCGCCCAUUAUCUAAAGUAGCGUGGACAUGCACUGUUCUGGAUAACUUAUGUUGGAAUAGUUUAAGAAUAACCAACCAAACCUACUCUUGAUCGCUUGCGCGAUAUCGAAUCGAAAUGAAAGGAAACGGUGGAUUCGAUUCCUUCACCGCGGCUCCGUGAUUGUUUGACACCCGGAUUUGACUCCAAUUCUUGCCGCUUCAGACAACAGGUAGCAAAGUGACGUCAACGACGUCAUAAUGACGUAAUAAUGACGUCAUUAUAAAGUCAUAAUGACGUCUCAUGCUACCUGGGAAGUGUACGAUCCGAAGUCCCGGUGAAGGCCCGGAAUAGGAAACAGACUAGCUGUUUACAUAUAGCUUAGCAUUGAGAUGCCUGUUAAGGUAUCUGUGAUAUACGCUUGAAACGAUCGUCCAUUGAACCUACUCUAUGUAUCUACCUAUUUAUGAAAAUGACACUUCCUAACGUUUCGUUCACUGAAUGACCGACUUGAUCUGUGUAAGAGUCAGUAAAUGUACGGCUCGUCAGAUACCCGCUUGUACCUCAUGGCUGUCGAAAGAAUUUUAAUUUUAAUGUUGAUAUCAUAUCGAUACCUACUUGUUAUAUGUAUUUUAAUAUAAGAUUUGGUAGGCAAUGGUCGUUCAGUACACGCUUUACCGGUUACUUACCAAAGAUUCACCAAAACUAAAUGUAAGUGGAAUUGUGACUCGAACCAAAGUUGAGCAUUCCUAUAAUGUGACAUAAAUAGAAGAUACAGUUACCUCACUUUCGCAUAGAUUUUUUAGAUGCGAGUUCUCUUUGUUAAGGCACAAAUGAAAUUGAAGCACAAAUUGACGGGACGAGGGCUCGCUGCUAAAAUAAGCUAUAACAAAGUGCCCUGAACUGAUUGACAAUAAAACCGAUCUUAAACGUGAAAAACAAUGGUCAGUUUUAUUGACAGCUAGUAGUAUGGCUCGCUUACUACAACUCCUCGCACUCGCGCGGUCAAUAUUAGUGCUCAAAAACAUCUAUACAAACUUUUCAUGACAAUAAGGUCGUGUGUAGAUAUUACUGAGAUAUCUGCCUCACAAUGUGAAGUUCCAGGAGCGCAGAAGUAGCGAGGAGCAAUAGUACUGCGAGCCAUGGUCAAAAGACCGCCAUGUAGGCCGCCUGCCGCUCACGCGCGCGGCGGGCAGAUACAGAGCAUUUGAUAACCCAGGUAGCAAAGUGACGUCAGCGACGUCUUAAUGACGAAACAAUGACGUCAUCACGACGUCAUAAAGACGUCGCUGACGUCAUAAUGACGUAUAAAUGCUACCUGGGAACUAGCUAUUGAAAAUGUUUAUUCUCAUAUAUUGUUAUAGUUCGCCAAAGAUUGUAAAAUAAGAGAGUUAUGAUCACUUUUUUGGAGCGUCGCUAGUUAAAUUGUUCUUUUUAAAUUAAUUAAUUUAUACAUUAUUGAUAGUUUUUAAUGAAACUUUUAAACAGUACUUAGCUAAUGACGGACUGCGUUCAUAGAAACGCACUAGGGAAAUAAAUACAAUAAUAAUUCGCCUACUUUGCAUGUCUUAUUUAGUUAAUGAACGUUUUAACCUUAUAUCGAGUUAUUAAUAUGUAUAUUGCUGAAAUAUUUCAAAACUAAAUUACUAUUCAAUUAUUUAUUAUUAUACACUUAUUACGUUUAGUAUGCUAGAAAUAUGAUGAAGGAUAAUAAAUAAUUUUAAUUAUA